AUGGAGGAACUUGAAAACCUUUAUGAUGUGUUUCUGCACGUCACAAGUAAUUGGCGCUGUAAUAAUCUGGUUAUUAUGGGCGACUUUAACGCUGGAUGCAGUUACCUCUCUAAGAAGAAGAGGCGCUCUCUUCGCCUAUAUAGUGAUCCAAAAUUUCACUGGCUGAUUGGGGACGAGGUUGACACUACAGUGAGAGAAAGCACAAAGUGCCCUUAUGACAGGAUAGUGGUGUACGGCGAGGAAUUGGCAAAUUUGGUGAACUCUGCUGGAAUUUACAAUUUUACAAAAGAGUUGGGACUCACAGAGGUGGAGGCCCUGAAAAUCAGUGAUCAUUAUCCAGUGGAGGCAGAUUUUAUUGUGAGACUUGGUAGCGCUCAUACUUUGCUUCCAUCUAUUGGUCUCCUUGUUCUGAGCGUCCUAGCAGCUGGAGGAACAAAAACUUUACAAUGA